AUGAUUGAGAAUGAAAUACAGAAGAAUAACCAUACACUUUUACAGUCAAUGAAAAGCUUACUGGAUAGCUCAGUUCAACAAUUAAAAAUAUCUUCUACUGAAAAUGCUGAGAAUCAAAUGAAAGAAAUCAAGAGGCUGAAGUAUUCAGAACCGCACAGCUUUAAGAAGAAAGCUAACGAAGACCAGCACAAAUUCAACACUAAAGUCCUCGAUUCAUUGGCAGAAGUCUCUGAAGCUUUGGAGAAGAGCGAAAUUACAAAGGCACAAGAUCAUUUACAGAAAGGUGAGCAUAUGUUAAAUGGGGGGCAGAAGCAUAUCCUUCUUGCCAAUAAAUCGGAAUUUGGAUGGGCGACUGUUCAUGAAUACAAGAAGCAUGAAUUAGCUGAAGAUUCUGAAGACGAAAAACGAAUUUUAAAAAAUCCGAAAUUCGUGCUAAAGCUCAAAGUAGGCGAAUUCGAUCAAAAUCGCUUGCUAGGAAAUACGAAUCGCCACCGAAGCGCGAGGAUUUAA